GCCGCGGUGGCGCCCGGGGACCCUCCGGCCAUGCCGGUGCGGAGCGCCUCCUGCUGCUGCCCGCCGCCGCCCCCGCCGCCCCCGCCCGGCGCCUCCUCCGCCCGCCUCGAGCCGCCGCCCCCCAUCAACACCGCCCAGCCCGGCGUCACCACCAGCCGCCUCUACAGCGGCGCCAAGUUCCGCGGGCAGCAGCGCUCCAAGGGCAACGCCUACGAGGUCGAGGUGGUCGUCCAGCAUGUGGACAUGGAGAACUCCUACCUCUGCGGCUACUUGAAGAUUAAAGGCCUUACUGAGGAAUAUCCAACCCUCACGACUUUCUUCGAAGGGGAAAUAAUCAGUAAAAAGCACCCGUUUUUAACGCGGAAGUGGGACGCGGACGAAGACGUGGACCGAAAGCAUUGGGGGAAGUUCCCGGCCUUUUACCAGUAUGCAAAAACAUUUAACUCGGAUGACUUUGAUUAUGAGGACCUGAAGAACGAUGACUUCGUCUUCAUGAGGUGGAAGGAGCAGUUCCUGGUCCCCGAUCACACCAUCAAAGACAUCAGCGGGGCUUCCUUUGCCGGGUUUUAUUACAUCUGCUUCCAGAAAUCCGCGGCAUCUAUAGAGGGCUAUUAUUAUCACAGGAGUUCAGAAUGGUACCAAUCGCUGAACCUGACCCACGUCCCCGAGUACAGCGCGCCCAUCUACGAAUUCCGGUGACGGCGGUGAGGGCGAUCGCGAGAGAAGGCCAAGAGGGGGCCAGGGAGAGGGAGCGUCCUCUGCGAAGGCGACGGCCGCAUCCCUAUCGGAACCUGGGGCUCCGAGCUCUCUCCCUUGCCCAGAAAUCGGACUGCUGCGGGGAUGUGGAUGUUGGAGGCCGUGCGCGCUUUCCGGCCGCGGGGCGAACUCUGGAGAACUUUCGCCUGGUUUUGAAAAGCUCCCCCCCCCUUUUUUUUUCCUCAAUGCACUUUUUUUCCCCUGUACUUGCACAGCUAGUCCUGUCGAUCUCUGAGCGCGCUCCCCUCCCUCCCCUUGCGUUCGGGUGGGAGGAGUCCGCUGUCCAUCGCUGAAUUUCACUUUUGAACAAAGGAGGAUGCGUCGCUGAGGGACUUUUCAUCGGGCCCUUGUCCUGGCCGCUGGAAGAUCUGCCAGCUGUCCCAGCGAGCCCUCGCACGGCUCGAGGUUCCGGGCUCCGGGCUCUGCAGGGAAGUGACCGGCCGGAAAAGGAGGGCCCGGCGGAAAACCUGUUCCCCAUUAGCAGAGGCAGAGGGAGAGAUCUUCCGGGGACCCCGAGGCAGCUGCUGAAAGCCCAAGCUGCUGUCUUCGCUGUGCCGAAAGCGCUCCGUUGAAGCGGGGAAUUCUCCUCACGCGAAGUUGAGCUUAAAAGGAAGAACUUGGGAUUCAUCCAGAAAGAGAGAAGUCUCUCUCUCUCUCUUUUUUUUAACGGCCCGUUUUCCCGAUACCACCGCAAAGAGGCUACAGCAAGGGCAAAAUCGUCCCUCGUGAUGCUUUGCUGGGGCGGGGGCUAUUCAUGUCAGCGUCGAGGGGGUUAGCUCCGUGUAACGAUCCAGCAACGUUGGACUCCCCCCCCCCCAUUGCAUUUUGCAACGGGGUGCAAACCAACCGCUCGGCGUGCGGCUCCAGUCCUUCGCGCCGCGUUUAAAAAGCGAGAUCUGCCACACCUUCAUCCGACGAAGAACCUUCCACUACAAAAAUAAAAACUGCUCUACUAGGACGUUGGACAUUCAGUCACGUGAGCCUCGUGUGCCAAAUUUUGUGUGCGUUCAAGGAUUGGGGGAGGGGGGGUGUAAAAAAAGGUCACGUUUCUUAUGAUGCUCACUGGGGGCUUGUUCUUACUUUGGGCCAGCUUUCCUUUGAUCUUGUCUGUCGCAAGGGGGGGGGAGGACAACGGUGGCCCUUAUGGCUCAAGCCAAGUACAACGCUUUGUCUGGGACAAACCCAUCAUUGCAAAAAGAGUGCUCCCUGCCCCCCACAGAUUCCAAGGUAGGUUAAAGCAAGGCCAACGAGGGAAGAACCGGUGGCUGAGGAUUAUCGCUGCCGCCCACAUGGGGUCAUUACUCAGCAUGGUUGGGUGGUAGACACAGCAGCCCGGGGUUGGGGGCAGUGUAUGUGCUGCAGUUCUGAGGGAGCGCAGAAAACGCGCAGAAGGCAGGACUGGAUGCGAAUUCAGUUUCCUCGAGCUAGCUCGUAGAUGUCACGGUCCACGGAAAGCACGCGGGCGGAGCCUGUUAACAAUUCAGAAAAGUCCAAAAGAUGGCUGAAUAAGGGAGUAUCGGAGAGGGGGAGUGCUUUAUGACUUUUUUAAUUGCUCUGGGAUUAAUCGCAAAUGUUGGGAAAAGGUGCUCGAUUUGGACUGGUCGCAGAAUCUGUUUUUUCUUGCCGCUCGGCUUGAAUUGCAAAUGACCGGGGGCGGAAGGAGAGGAUCCAUGUGCGAUCGCGGCCCCAAACUUGGCGGCUGCCUCUGAUGUUUUUUUUUAAAUUUACUUGCAAGGUAAAAAAGCAAAGCCCGCCGCGAAUUGCCGCUUUCUUAUUCAACGUUGCACGGGGGAGGGGAAUGAAAUAUUCAGCGUCAGGGGGCUGAAUUGUCAGUGAGGGGAAACGUGGGGGUCUCAGAAGCUCCUCCAUUUCAAGUUGAGCGUUUGGAAUUAACCACGCCAGGGGCCCAAGAAUCACGCACAGAUCCGCCGAGAUAGUUUGAACGCUGCAAGUAGAGAAAGCCGAUAUUUCCCAGUCCCACCCUCGUUGCCUGCCAUUUCCCAGACCGUCAUAGGCGAUACAGCUCAAGUCGCAGAAGCGAAUCGCGGAUGAAUCGAACAUGAAGUCCGCUGCCUUCGGAGAAGACGGUUUGGAAGCCUGCAAGCCGUUGUAGUUACCGCGAUGCUGGGUGAGUGUUUUCCCAAACCCGGAGGAGAGAACACGCACGGCCACUUUGGGUCUACUUUGGUGAAUGAAAUGCUCGCGUGGCUCUCUUUAACACCGGAUGCCCUUUCCCCACUUUUCCUGUCUUGCCGAGUGAAAUCUGCCAGCGCAGCAGCCUGAAAAGCGGACACGCAAAUGCAGCUUUCUUUCCUGGCCUGUCCUCUUAAGACAUGAGUCACAGACCCCUUACAGAAGAAUUCGAGGAUAUUGGCGAGCUUAGAGGCCCUGAUUCGCUGUCACAGUAACAGAGGAAUGGCUGGCAAACUCCUCCUCGCUUAUGAGCAGUCUUGAUUUUUGGCUCGGCGUACCUGGAGUGGGGACGACUGGGCGGGGGCAGUUCUGUCCUUGGUGUGAAGCAGCAAUUACAGGAGGAAGCAAACUCUACUACAGUGAUGCUCGGGGUCCUAUAAAUCGGCUCCAGAGGCGUGCGGGCGUGUCUUCCUUUUACCUUACCCCUGGCGUACCAUACAAAGAGGGGGGUAAAGCAUGUACGGUCCAGCCAGCAAAGGAGCUUCGGUUUCUUGCCCUGGUCUGUUUUGUGGGGGCUUGAUGACCUUGCAGGGUACAAAGCCCCCUUUGUUAUAAAGACGGGCCAGGCUUCAGUGAAGGCAACAGCAAAGGGCUGGGAGGUUUAGGUUGUGUUUCCAGAAGGACAGUCCCUCCCCGCCCCCCAUGCAGGUGCGAGGCAAAACACUCCUGACGACUUUUUGUAAAGCAGGUGUGCGUUGGGGGCACUGCCUCCUACGGCUCUCUGGAUCUCAGCCAGGCCACAGAAGUGAGAAAUUAACUUCCGAAACCUUUAAAUGCAGUGGCGAAGCCCGGCUGGCUGACCCACCCUUCCAAAGCGUGUUGGGAAAGAAUCGCUGUGAAGACUGAAUUGUCCACAGCGGCUGACCCGACUCCUCCCUCUGUUUUCAGAAAACGCGUGGCCUCUCGCAAGCUGAAUUAGGCCGAUCUCGACCGUUUUUUUGGGUUUUUUUGGCAGCCCAAGGCUCCCACUUGCCGUAGGCUCAACGUUUGCGGAGUUCGUGGGGGUCGGGCUCUGAUUCGACGAUCCCACCUGAGGCCCUCCGGGCUUUAAAAAUAAACUGACGUGGCAGAGCAUCUGUUUAAACCGUAAAACUAAAAAGCGUUCCUUGUGUUUUUAAGGACGGGGGCUUCUUUUCUCCGCGGCCUGCUUUUUGGUGGCUUUUCUCUUCUCCCCCCUUCCCUUCCUCCUGUUAUAAAUUUUUUUACUAGAUGUCAGAAGGAAGAGCACGAUCCACGUCGGGCUCCCGGGGAGGGGGGGGCUUGUUGGAAGUCGGGUCUCGUUACAGACAGUGUUGCUUAACGAGGUCGGGGAUCGUUGGACUCAGAAGCGGGGGGGGGGGGAGUUUUUUUUAUAAAGCUUAACUUGUAAAUGAGAAUAUCCGAGAGUAUUUAUAGACAACGUGCAGAAAAGGUUCUGCGGGUUUUCCAGAGUUAUGAAUGUCCAAAUUAAAGGCAAAAAAUUCUUUAAGGAA